AUGGCGCUGACAAGGCCGUGGGAGAGCGCUAACCUUUUCUCUCCUUCUGUGUCUUUCAGCAAACGGGGAUUCAGUGUCCGGUCCUUUGGAACAGGAACUCACGUGAAGCUCCCAGGACCAGCACCGGACAAGCCAAAUGUUUAUGAUUUCAAAACUACAUAUGAUCAGAUGUACAAUGAUCUCCUUAGGAAGGACAAAGAACUCUACACGCAGAAUGGCAUCUUACACAUGCUGGACAGAAAUAAGAGGAUCAAGCCUCGGCCCGAAAGGUUCCAGAACUGCAGAGACCUGUUCGACCUGAUUCUCACCUGUGAAGAGAGAGUGUAUGACCAGGUGGUGGAAGAUCUGAAUUCCAGAGAGCAGGAGACCUGCCAGCCGGUGCACGUGAUCAAUGUGGACAUCCAGGACAACCACGAAGAGGCCACCCUGGGGGCAUUCCUCAUCUGUGAGCUGUGCCAGUGUAUUCAGCACACGGAGGACAUGGAGAACGAGAUUGAUGAGCUGCUGCAGGAGUUCGAGGAGAAGAGCGGCAGAGCCUUCCUGCACACGGUCUGCUUCUACUGACCCACCGGGCCUGGCGCCCGGCGCGCCACCCCCCUCCUGAAGCCGUCUUUUUGAGCUUCCUUUUGUUAAUACUUUUUCCUCCCUGAUAUUGGUUUUUACUUUGAGGUAUUCUGCCGGCCGACGGCAGUGGUACCCAAUAAACUGUGUGUAGGAAAUGGAAAGACACACACAUGCCAGAUUCAAAACUAUCACGUUUUUUCUCUCCCACUUUUACUUACGAGUGGGAUGUUGGUUAUGAAGGUGGUUUUUCUUUACCCAAAAAGAGCAAACAACGGUUUAUAGUACAUUUCCCCAUGCAUUUGUGGCUUUCAUUGUGGUUCCUUCCUCUAUACCCCCAAACUUGCUGGAAUGUACAAAUAACCUAAAUGAAGCAAUGGGCUUUAUCUUGCUAGGAAAGAGCCUGCAGCUGUCCAAUAAAUCGAUGUUGCUGGUC